AUAUCUUUUGACGGAGUAUAGUGCCAAAUUGCCUCGGGAGUCAAGACUGAAGAAAAAGAUUUUCUACGUCACUCGUCACAAUGAAAUGGUCGGAAAUGUGCUAAUUCAUUUGGACUUCGUAACCCAGGAAAUGCUCCGGUUCCUGUAUAUACUCUCCACGGAAAUAAUCGUCUGCGAAGCGCUGUUACAGAUGAGCAGUGUGGAGUUGACAGGUUUGUAAUUAUAUAUUCGAGAACCUUCUCUCUAAUUUGUAUUUCUUCCGUUUGAGCCGAAACUCAUAUACCUGAAGUUGCGUUAUAUCAACGUGGGUUGGGCUCGAAACAAGAUGAAUUUGCUCGAUUAUUUAUUCAACAAAGCUGAUAUUUUGGAGGAACUUGGCGCUCUGAACAACAGCCUCCUUGAUGUACCACCGUUAAUGAAGACUUUUGGAGUUAUCGCAUUCUUCGUCACUUCUACUCAUGUUGCGGGACAGGUCUACCACGCUAUUGAUGGUCUUUCCCCGUGAACAACAAAAUGAAGGACCGAAAAGAAUCUACAUUCGCACAGAAAGAGUAUGCUUCACACUAGACGAGGAUAACGAUAACUUCAUAAUGUCGGAUGGAUCGGAAUAUAUGUUGAUAGAGAGAAUUUCAACACUUGCACGAUGCAAGAAAGUGAGAAAAAAGGUGUUGUACCUCAUGGAUACAGUGACAAAGAACAUCGCCAGUCAUACAAUGAUACUGUAUGACUACAUUCACGAAGGGAACAUUCCACGAACCUUCUACUCUGCGAAGUGCAAGCCGAUCACGUGCAAUGAUGAAACCAAUCCGCAUAACUUGACGAAAGUUGAUAAGACGGAGAAAUGUCCAUUCCUCUUGCCGACCAAAACUGCAUCUGGCGGUACUUUUUUCUUGCAACUUGCUGAUUCGGCAUUUCGGAGCGACAACAAUCGUCAUAUUGAGUAUCUGGUCAAUUGAAGCGAUCUGCUAGUAUAUCGUGCUUGCCUGAAUUCCAAGGUGUCGGAUCUCCCACCACCCACAACGGAGUUGUCUUUCGAACACUGGCGACAGAUAAGCUGUGCCCUUGGUUUAGUAUGAUGAGUUCGCCUAUACCUUCAGGAAAAGUUAGCAAAAAGGAAAAACAACAUACAAGAACUCCUCUCCGUUUCAACUGUCACAACGAGCUACGAGUCUGCGGAGGAAAUGCAGAAACUCACGAACCAUUUGAGUUUCAACUCAUAACCUAUGCGGCAACAUUGCCUCGAUGUACUCGCCUUUGCAGAAAGGUCGUAUAUGUGCAGCGAUGUGGUCGUCAAUAUGGACAUGGACUCAUCAUGUACAGCUACACAAAGCCCGGAUUAAUUCCCCGGCCACUGAACUCUCGAUUAAAACCUUCAACUACGGAAUGGUUUGACAGUUUCUCACCGGAAAUCCGAGGAGACAUAUUUCACUUGCUGAAAAGAAGUCCAAUCAGUGAGACUGUAAGAAGGAUUCAUAAAGAUUACGGGGUUCAUCUCAGUCCGAAGCGACUGUUGAAUCUGAGACCUCAAAGUUGGCCGAUUAAAGACCAACCACUUGUCACCGAAUGGAUGAUGCAGAUGAUUCGUUGCCGACAUCAUCGGAUAAUUGAUAGUUUAUGAUU